UUUGCCUUCUAAUAAUCUUCUUAGCUUCCUGUAAUUGUUCUUCUAGUUGUUGUUGUUUUUGGGGAGUAUGGAAACAAGGGUUCUUGAUGGUAUAAUCAAUAGGUUGCUUGAAGUUAGAGGCAAACCAGGGAAGCAAGUCCAGCUCUCUGAGUCUGAAAUAAGACAGCUUUGUCUUGUUUCUAAAGACAUCUGCUUGAUGCAGCCGGUUCUGUUGGAGCUUGAAGCACCUAUUAAGAUCUGUGGAGACAUUCAUGGCCAGUACUCGGAUCUCCUGAGGCUGUUCGAAAAUGGCGGCUUCCCUCCUCGUGCCAAUUACUUGUUCUUAGGGGACUAUGUCGAUCGGGGAAAGCAAAGUCUCGAAACCAUCUGCCUUCUCCUUGCAUACAAGAUCAAAUAUCCCGAGAACUUCUUCCUGCUCCGGGGCAACCAUGAAUGCGCAUCCGUGAGCCGUAUCUAUGGUUUCUACGACGAGUGCAAACGGAGAUUCAAUGUCCGGCUAUGGAAGGUGUUCACCGAUUGUUUCAACUGCCUCCCCGUUGCUGCCCUGAUCGAAGAAAAGAUAUUCUGCACGCAUGGAGGACUGUCGCCGGAGCUACGCAAUUUAGACCAGAUUAGGAAGUUAAAGCGGCCCGUGGAUGUUCCGGAAUCCGGCUUACUAUGUGAUCUCCUAUGGUCAGAUCCUAGUAAAGACAUUCAAGGCUGGGGGCCUAAUGACAGGGGAGUUUCAUACAUAUUUGGUGCUGAUAGGGUGAUUGAUUGUCUCAAGAGGCUUGACCUUGAUUUAAUUUGCCGUGCACACCAGGUCGUCGAAGAUGGAUACGAGUUCUUCGCUAAUAGGCAACUUGUAACCAUAUUUUCAGCACCAAAUUACUGUGGAGAAUUUGACAAUGCCGCUGCCAUGAUGAGUGUGGAUGAAACAUUAAUGUGUUCAUUCCAAAUAUUAAAGCCUGCAGAUAAGAAACCGAAAUUCGGGUUCGGGACAUUGACUUCAAUCAAGUCUCCUACACCUCCAUCUAGAAUCAGGUCAUUUCUUGGAGCAAAAGUAUAAUAAGAGGCUUCAAACUGAUGGAGAUAUCAAGAGCAAAUUGGCUGCCAUUGAUCAAAUUCUGGGACCUUUUGUUGUAUAUUAGUUUCAAUAUAAUCUAACAAAGUCCUCUUUCCCUCUCAUCAUCUUUGUAUUUAACCUCUGGUUUUUUUUAUUGUAAUCAAUGGAUGAAAGUGAAAGAGUGAUUGGUGAUUUACUCA